GGCGCUGUGGGCGGGUGGCGAGGCCCAGCGUCGGGCGGCAUCUCUUGUCCCCGCGGCUGCCUCGUUGUUCACUCGGCGACAUGAACGCGCCGCCGGCCUUCGAGAGCUUCCUGCUGUUCGAGGGAGAAAAGAAAAUAACAAUAACAAAAGACACAAAAGUGCCAAAUGCAUGCCUAUUCACCAUUAACAAGGAGGACCAUACCCUGGGUAAUACCAUCCGAUCGCAGUUGUUGAAAGACCCCCAGGUGUUAUUCGCAGGUUACAAAGUACCUCAUCCGCUCGAACAUAAGAUUGUUAUCCGUGUGCAGACAACUCCAGACUACAGUCCACAAGAGGCAUUUACAAAUGCCAUCACUGAUCUGAUCAGUGAGUUAUCUCUUCUAGAGGAGCGGUUCCGGGUAAGUUUCAGUAUGGCGAUUGAGACAUGGCCGGCAGACCUGAUUGUGGUGGACGUUAAAAUAUAUUUUAGAUAUGUUUCGGUGUAGAAAUAUUUUGUCCAGUUUGAGCAUCCCAUUAGCUUGAGUCUUUGCUCACUAGCAUUGCUAGUGAGUUUCACAUGGGAGACCAUAAGGCAACAUUAAUAAAUGAAGAGGCUUUAAGUUUAAGGAUAUUUCUUAUUGUCAGGACAAUUCAAUUUAAUACAUCAUUAGUUUGAGUACCUGAACAAUCAAUGCCUUUAUGUUCCUUGCAAUUUACACUGGCUUUGCCCACUGAUUACUUGUAUCCUUUGGCAUCCCCUCUCCAUAAACCCACUUCUGUAUUAUGGUAAAUUGAAACCAAACAACAUUGAGUCUGAUCAUUGUUCUCUAGCACGUCUCAUCAUUGCAAACCUUUACAUUCUAACCCUUUUGAAAUAAAACCCUCGGCGGACUUUCUUGAAUGUUUCUUUUUGUGCCCAAAUAGUCGCAGGAUAAUAAUUUCAACAGUUUUUGCUCCUCCACAAUACAAUCUCCACUCAGAACUAUUUCCAUAUUUGACAAAAACCAUCAGCUUUGUUAAUGUUUCUGAAACAAAAUUUGCUGUGCAUCAAUGUCAUUUGCAUUUUAUAUAAUGCAAAGCUUAUGAUCCCAACCUAGUAACAUUCUUAUUUCCUGCAAAUUAUGUAGGUAGUUCUGCUAUAACACAAUAUUUGCAAUCCUAAUAA